GGGAGUGUUUCCCGAGGAGGGGGCGGCCAUGGCAGCUGCGCGGCGGCAACGGCGGCUGCGACGGAGCGCGCGCCCGGCUUUGAAUGAGCGGGGCUGGGACUGAACGGGCGGAGCGCGAGCUCGGGGAAGCGACCGGCAGCGCGCGUGCGCGCGCCUUGUGUGCGCGCGCGGCCCGCGGCAGCUCGGAGCCUCCGCCGGGCGGGCGGGGAGGGGGAGGGGCAGGUUUUGAUUCCCACCAUGGCUAUUACACAGUUUCGGUUAUUCAAAGUUUGUACCUGCCUAGCAACAGUAUUCUCAUUCCUAAAGAGAUUAAUAUGCAGAUCUGGUAGAGGACGGAAAUUAAGUGGAGACCAAAUAACUUUACCAACUACAGUUGAUUAUUCAUCAGUUCCUAAACAGGCAGAUGUUGAAGAGUGGACAUCCUGGGAUGAAGAUGCACCCACAAGUGUAAAGAUUGAAGGAGGGAAUGGGAAUGUGACGACACAACAAAAUGCUUUGGAACAACUGGAACCUGACUAUUUUAAGGACAUGACACCAACUAUAAGGAAAACUCAGAAAAUAAUUAUUAAGAAGAGAGAACCAUUAAAUUUUGGCAUCCCAGAUGGUAGCACAGGUUUCUCUAGUAGAUUAGCAGCUACACAAGAUAUGCCUUUUCUUCAUCAAUCUCCUGAAUUAGGUGACUUAGAUACCUGGCAGGAAAAUACCAAUGCAUGGGAAGAAGAAGAAGAUGCGGCCUGGCAAGCAGAAGAAGUUUUGAGGCAGCAGAAGAUAGCAGACCGAGAAAAGAGAGCGGCGGAACAACAAAGGAAGAAAAUGGAAAAGGAGGCACAGCGGCUGAUGAAGAAGGAACAAAACAAAAUUGGUGUGAAGCUUUCAUAGCAAAUGCUCUUCACAUGUCAUAGUGCCAGGAGGAGAAAUGGGAGUUCCACAACUCAAGCAACAUUUCGAGGGAUUUCAGAGUAUUUUCAAGAAUACAAACACAUUGCUUGGUUUUAUUGCAUUCAUCUGGCCAUCUAGGACACCAGGAUUCUCUCAAAGUACCUUGAGCUCUUAGUGAUUGAGACUCAAAAGAAGAAAAAGACCUUUGAGGCAAUAUUUUUUUCAACAUGCUCCAAGUGUAAGACAAUUGUUUGCUGUAGAGAAAUUAUUACAAAUGGAAUAUACCAGUACCUCUUCUAGCUAGUGUUUCUAGCUGAAUAAAUGGGUGUAAAUAAUUUUAUGGUGGGAAAGAACUCUGCUCUCUAUAAUGCUUUCCUUCAUUGUGCAUAAUGAUAAAAUAAAUAAUUUUAAAUAUUUUUUUGUUUCCAUGAUUAUCUGACCUAAAUCAGACAAACCGCAGGGCUUUAACUUCUUUAUUUUUGUUGUCAGAAGCUGGUGUUGACAUACAUUUCCUCUAAAUUGAACUGGUAUUGUUUAUGUUUAAUAUGACAUUAAGGGAUUUGAUGACUUUGGUUUUCAAGAAAAUCACAUUAAAUGCAGUACUUUUAUUUAUCAUAUAUUUUAUACAUCAUUGUUUCUUUUAGACGGUGUUGUAAUGUUAUACAUAUUUGUAAUUUAUAUUGCAUGUAUAAAUUGGAAAUCAGCAAAAUGACAAAUUUGCAUUAUUAUAACUUGUGAGUUUUAAAAACUAGUAUUAGUAGUUUUUCCCUUUUGUUAGGGAUUUUAAGAUGUUACAGUGUUUUAAGUACCUUAGUCCCUUGCACAAAAGCCAUUAAAUUCCAAAUGCAGAAAGCCUUCAGUUCUAAAAUUUCAAAGCUUUUAGGUGAUUUCUGUAUCAAUUUUAUAUAUCUGACAUAAUGCAUUUCACCAUGUUGUUGGCUAAGAUAAUAUUAUCGAUUCAUUAAAUUUCAAACUGAGA